AUGUUCAAGAAGCCUCUAACGCCGUCGGACGUGGGGAAGCUGAACAAGCUGGUGAUACCGAAGCAGCAUGCAGAGCGCUACUUCCUGCAGCAGGGCGCCGACGCGGUGGAAAAGGGGAUGCUGCAGGGGUUCGAGGAUGAGCCCGGGAAAUGCUGGCGGUUCCGCUACUCUUCAGGGAAAUAA